AUGGGAAACCAGAUAUUGCCAACUACAGAUCUCCAAUGCGAUCUCCAGAAUCAGUUUCUUAUCGAGCAGCUACAACUCUCUGCUAUGCAAUCAAUGUACAAUUCUCUCAACAAUGGUGCGAAACUGGACCCGAAGUUCGCAGCACUCACUCAACCAAAUCUCACUUUAUCAACCUUUAAUGCCAUGACUGGAACUGAACCAUCUACCUCAACAAAUCUCUAUUCAUCACUACCUUCUACAUCAGGAUUACAAAAUCAGGCAGUAUCUCAACAAGCCCUGGCGGCAUCUACCUUACCCAACUUAGCCUUACAAAGUCAAUUGUUACUUGAUAAUAAAUUAGGAGCUGCGUUAAAUAUGAAAUUACCACAAACCACGAUACCACAAGCACAAGUGGAGGACUGGAUGAAAAACAUUUGUGUGGACACGUUAUUGGACCCUUUUAAAGAGAAACUGUUAUCAGCGACAGGACUACAAUCUUCGUUAGCAUCUCUCAACACACCUAUGACACCGAUGUCUUCAUUAGCGUUAUCAAAUGAAGCUUUCAAAUUGACGGCUUCAAAUUUAUUGCAAACUUUGGAGCAAGCUUCGGUUAUCCAAGCACCAAGACUAGAAGAAACUUUCUCGAUACCAGAAUCAUCUAUGAGAGAAACAGCGUCUCCUAUUGAUGUCGAGCUCAUCUCAGAUCCAACUCCUUCAACAUCUGUUGCACCAGAUGCCGUGUCAGUGUCAGAAUCCACUCCAGCGCCAGAAACCACUCCCGCCCCAGAAACAACUCCUCCCUCAUCGUCAACACCAACGUCAGAUGAGAAGCCUCCGGAAGGUGCUAAAUCCGGUUUGGAUUUCGAUGAAGCACAUGACGAUGUGGAUAACAUUUUUGGGUUAUCUUUACCUGAAGAACCCGCUGCGAUAUCGAUGUAUAGGAGGCCCAGUUCUAACGAUGGAGGUCUCAGUCCCAUUUCGUUUACACCACCGGAUUCGCCCACUGCCGAGCUAACAUUCGACGAUCUCUUUGGUUUAGCAGCGCAAACAAAAGACAGUGCCAUUAAAGUAAAGCUUGAACCUUUAUCAAGUGAUAGUCCCAGUACAAGCACAGAUGCACCGCCUGCCGCUCCUGUACCAAUUCCAGCAGCUCUUGCACCGGUCCCUGUCUCUGUUCCUGUGCCCGCUCCUAUUCCUGCGCCUGCAGCUACACCAGUUACACCCUUAAAAGAACUAACUGCUGCACAGAAAGCUGCAUUGAAGGAAGAAGAAGAAUUCGUCAAUAACUUUGUGAAACCCAAAACAGUGCCAGUGUACAAACAAAAGGCAGCACUCAUGUCACUGGAAGCUAGAGAGGCCUCAAAGAAAGAUGACCCAAAUUAUGAUGCCUUCGAGUUUGACGAUGACGAUGACUUUAUGUUCGGAGACAAGCCUGCUGAUGAGAAACGUGAACAACUGGAGCCAGUCAAGAAAGAGAGGGACAUAAUAGCAAAGAAUAUUUACAUCACAGGAGUAGGAUUUGAAGUACAAAAUGACAAGGAGCGUCAUGUCAGAAAGCCGCCAAAACAACCGGUCACAAUAAGUUACAAUGAUACUCUUAUAGAUAAAACAUUCUUCACCCUCGCCGACAAGAUCCGAACUGAAAGGGAUAAACAAUUAUCGUGUACAUUUCUUAAGAUGGCACAGAGUAAUAGUACAGAAUGCGCGAAGAACAUGAGAAGAGUGACAAAAGAGCAACCACUGUUACCCAAGUUCAUAAUUAGGAUUGAUCAUUUGCAAACAGUUUCUGAUGAACCACCAGCUAGGAAAAAAUACAAACGACGGAAAAACCGAAGUGACAACGAUGACUCGGAUUUCGAAGAUACCCCGUACAGAAAAAGGAAAACGACCAGAAAAGUAUACUCUCUCCACAAGUCAACUGAGCUCCCAUUCCGACGAACAGUUCAGGAUUUUCCAAUAGGACCAUGCGUGCCCGCCGCAGACAUGAAACGCGUUCGCAUGUUUGGUCCAGCCGAAGGAAUUCUACCCAAAGGAACAUACGUUGUCUGCAAAGCUGACAUUUUGAAGGAUGACUGUGCGGUGUGGAGAGUUGACAAUCAGAACUUACUACAAAAGUUUCCGCCCUUUCGAGAUGCUAAGUCUCAUAAAUUGGUUUACAAAAGUAGUAGUACUUAUUCCGGAUGGUGCGAGCAGAUCUCUUCACAAUACUUUCGUGUCUCUGUGCGAGUUCUCAAGCAAAAUCGGUCAGAGACAACAGUGGAACCUGAGAUCACACUAAAUGAGAUUUUCUGCGCAUCGUCCAUAGAAUGGUUUAAAAAUCCACGCACUUUUUAUCACAAAGAAGAAUCGGCGGAAAAGACUGAGACUGGUACAGUUAUCGAUGAAAAAUCACGAGUUGCUCUUACCACUGUUUUGGAUGCUUGCCUUAAUCUUGUCUUCACGAAAAACUACGUGUCUACCCUGGUUGACAAACUUGAUUGGACUUAUUUUCGAUCACUAGCAGAGAUUGAGGAGCACAAUGUGGAAUGUGAAGCACUGAUCAAAAAAAGAAUUCCGGUGGAGAUGAAACACAACAAAUGGAUUGGGACUUACACAAGACUUUCCGUCUCCAAAUCUUCCUAUCAUUGUUUGUCGAAGUGUCAGAUUUGCAAACGAAGAAAGCCGCGAAGAGUGAUUCACUUUUUCGACAAGACCUCUUACGACACACAUAUGAUAGUAGAUGAACCCGUUGAAGAUAAGGACGUGAAACCUGAUGGAUGCCCGUUGGUAGCUGACGCAAUCUCAUGUGGAAGAUGUUCGAUGGCAGUGGAAUUCCUUCACAAAAUGCACCAUUUGCAGUUUCAUAUGCUGAGAAUGUGUGAGGACAAGCUGGAGGAAAUCGGAACGACGGAAAUCGACCUGUCGACUGAGAAAAUGAUAGAUGUGGCAAAAGCCGACAAGCCAUGGGUGUUGAGCGUCAUCAAAACGUAUUGUCAUUCGAAACAUCAAACUUCCAUGAAUGCUCAUCAGGUGAUCACGGGAGCUUUAAAUAAUGGCGAAAAUGUAUAUGCAUUAGGAAAUGUUGAAGGCCUUACUUUCACUGCGUGCGCCGUCGGAUCGGAUGUCGUCAUUUUGGAUUCUGAUUUCAAUCGUGUGCAAAUUAUCCCAGAAUCAAAGAAUCACUUGAUUGUCAGUAGUUUGAGUUGUUGUCAAGAAACUGGAAAGAUCGCUGUAACAUAUGGAAACUUGGUCAAAAUUCUGGAGGCGACCAAUUCUGGAGUCGAAAAAUCAAAGUUGAAGAGUCUGAUAUUCCAAUUCACAUGGGUCGAAACAUACUCGUUCACACACAAAGAACCCAUAAGCUCUGUUCAAUGGUCUAUGGAAGGAUUGCGUCUUCUCUUUGUUAUCAACGACAAAUUGGUUCUUCAUCAGCACAGAAGCGUUAGCAGCACAAGCAGAUCAUCAACAAGCGCGCCAGUUACAUUUUGCAUUGCAGACGAUGAUCUACAAGAACGCCACACUUGGGAGGUAAUUUGGACCACUGCACUACCAUCGAAACCGAAAUUCAUCAAAUAUUCACCCGAUGGAUACUAUCUCGCACUGUCCGGUGAUCGAGAUUGCUUCAUCAAAAUCUUCCAUCAAAACACACUGGACCACGCCGAGCUAGACUUCUGUGAAAUCAUUUUGAACCACCCAGCGCCUGUAUGCGGGUUUGAAUGGCGUAAAACUGGGAGAUACAUGCCGAGAAAAUGCAUCUCGCCCAUUCUUCUGUCGUGGUGUGAAGAUCGAACGUCGAGGAUUUGGAAAGAGACACCAGCUCCCGAAGGGUCUAUCAUCGAUUUGACUGGAGAAGGUGGUGGAGAACCACUUUGGGAUAGACAGAAGGCUAAGAAGUUCCUUGGGAAGUAUAUCAGAGUGAAGAAGACAAAAACGAGAAUUCUGAACAAGUUGAGAAAGAUAAUGCCCGAAAAACAUUGCGAAACAGAUUCCAACCCAAUCGGUCUCCGUGCACAAAUCGGUAAAAGUCCCUCGCUCCUCGAUUUCCCAUCCCCAAUGUCAAAGGAGAAAGAAAGAGAAGCUAUCGAUCAAGCUGAAGUCUCUUUCUACCUGGCUGCCACCAUCAAUGCUGAAACAGAUUGCUUAUUGGUCCCAUCCUUCAAUGAGUUAAACAAUCAGAAGCCAUUCUGUGUCCACUGGUUGAACAAUAAAGAACUGGUGUUCAGUGUCGGCGCGGAAAAGUUGCUUGCUGAAGCUGUCUUGUUGGAUUUGGAUGGAUCUACCAACCCAAAUAUUGAGUCUGGAGAGCCAUCGCCUGUAGAUGAACAUCACAGAUCACCAAUAGACAACGACCACCCACAUUCAGAAGGUUCUGGACGUGCGAGAACUGCGGGAAGUGUCACAUCGGACGCACCAUCUUCCAAGGACAUACUCGAUGUCAAGUUGGAAAUCCUCCUGAGACAAUGGACAAAGUCAAACGACGUUCUCUUCUCCAUUCAUCCUGUGGACGGAUCACUGCUGACAUGGACAGUGGAAUGGCUAGACGACCAUUUCCGCCAACCGGUCAUCUCCUACAGCUCCCGACUCCCUGGUGCACUUCCAUGCAGUGACUCGAUGUCUCUUCAGUCGAAACUCAACACCUUCAACCCGCAUGAGCCGAUUUACUUGGACGCGUUGAGAAAUGAUUCGGAGAACAAGGACACCAGUCAGAUGUUGCAUGACAAGUUGAUGGAACGACGCGUCUCCAAUACGAUCCAUGUGCUGACGUCUCAUGACAAUGGUACUCUCAACUUAUGGCAUAUGUCGGUGGACGAUCAGAGUAGCUUCUCCUGUGUCGUUAGUAUGACACAUAUCUCGAGAAUGUGUGGACAUCGAUUCCAAAUGCAGCAGAUUAUUGCUCACCCAGUCCUUCCACUUCUUCUGACCACAUCCAAGUUCAAGUCACCAAAAGUGAAAGUGGAUUCAACCAUGGAUGUGCUCUCCGAAGUGAUUCUUUGGAAAAUCACACCAGUCGGACCGCUUUGCAAACAAGGAGGAGUCAAGGAGUUGGCUCGUGUGGCCAGUCCCCUUAUCAGUGGCUUCUCUACAGUUGGAUGGGUGCCAGCCAUCCUUCCGAGUUGUACACUCGGAACAGUUUGCAACUCCCCGUCAUCUUGCUUCAUUUCUUGUGACGGAAACCAAUUGAUUAUCUAUCAAGCUGUGUUGGAUGCUCGUGGUUUGCUCUCGGAGCUUGCUAACGCCAGGACAGCAUACAGUGGGAGAGAUACACUUGAUAACUAUAGUGACAAGAUACUCCGGACACCAUCACCACGAAGUGAUCGUGCUCCGUCUUUCCUCAAACAAUUCAACGUGGUGUCCACCCAGUCAACUGCAAAGCCAGGAUGUGUUUUGGAAGUUGGAAAGAUCGAAGAUGUCAACUUGAAUGAGUUGAAUCUGAUGUUCCUUCACGUUUUCCAGUCAAGAAUUGUGAUUGCUGAUGAGGAGGAUGCAAGUGAUACGAUGAGCAGUGUGAUAGAUAGAAGUCAGAGUCCAACUUUCAAAGACAAAUUCUUUAUUGUCAUUGUUGAUCAGAAGGAGAAUGAAGAUGUCAUCAUGAUGUUCUCGCUCACUAUCUCUUCCCAACCACCACAAUCCAUUCCAACUUUCGACACUGAAGCAUUACCCGGAGAGAAAGGAUUCUUGAGACCAUCUAGCCCGCUAGCCCCGUCAAUGGCCAAGUUGAACUUCGAAGCAGAACUUGUCUGCCGACAAGUCAUGCCCCUCCCAGAAGGCACUCGAAUCACCAACGUGGUACCUGCCGCAGGUCACCUAUCAUCUUCGUCCAUCUACCCAGCCUGUGAAACGCCAUACGUUCUUGUGUCUUCUGAUAACGAUGACUCGGUUCGAUUCUGGAGAUGUAUCAAGGUGGACGAUCCAGUCAGUCCCAACAAGUUUGAAUGGCGAGAAUGGAAUAUGAUUAGCGAGAAUCAUCCGAGUGAACUUGGAAUGGAAGGAGCGAUUGUGAAAGUGAACGCAGCGCACAGUGGAAGAAUUGCAUGUGCAUAUCAGAAAUCGAAUAUCGCAUCAUCUGAUAGCAAUAAUAUUUCCAUCGAAGUUGCAGUUUUCGAGUGUGAAUCAUCAGGAGGUGUCGAAUGGUUCCGUGAAGACUCAUUCAGUAUCCAACAGAAUCAUUUCUACGAGUUUUCCAAGCCACACUACAACGAUAUGCACAACAAGCGGCUGUCAUCCGGCGAACAGGAGCAUCUGAAUCUGCUACAACAGCGAAUUAAUGCUGGGAAGCCCACAAAACCAUCUUAUGAACUCAUCCGUGCCAUUGAGAACUCCACGACCUCCUUGGUUACCGACAUUGCUCAGAUGAAACUGGAGAACAUCGUUCGACUUGAUUGGGUAUCGACAGAAGAUGGAACACACAUGCUCACCGUUGGAAUGGGAACCAAAGUGUACAUCUAUGCACAAAUCGGUCAAGACCCUGCACAACAAAAUGUGACUCUGAUGAGAGAAAGUGAGACAACGAUGCGACGUCCAUCAAUCCGCAAAGCAUCCUCAUUCCUUCCUAAUAUCCAACCAAAUAGUCGUUUCACCAGUUGGAUCUGCUGUCGUGUGCUCAGUUUGGACACUGCUGAUGGUCUCCCACCAAUUCCAACCGCUCUGAGUUGGGUACGAGAUGGUAUUCUGAUUGUUGGAAUGCAAAGUGAGAUGCGAGUGUACAAUCAGUGGAAUUUCAAAGACACUGAGGAGAAAAUGAAGAAGGCUGUUCCAGCUGCUAACCCAAACAUUGUCAGUCUGACAGUCUCAACCUCUCAUUCCAUGCUUGACCAGCUGACUCGCAAGAAAGAAGCACUGGUCUCAAGUCGUAGUCGUGUCUUCCUGGAGUUUGUGAACACAAUGCACAAAGCCCAUCCAAAAGAGAACGAAAGUCAAAUGGUAUUAGACAUUCUCAAAAGUGAAGGUGUAUUCGAAACAGCUAGAAUGUGCUCCCCAAUUCUUCCACAAUAUCAUCCAAAGCAACUCAUUGUGCUUCUGAAUGCCGGAAAAAAGCGGCGUGUCAAGGCUAUCCUGAACCAUGUGCUAACAUCACUAAAACAGAGAAAAGGUGCCGCACAUAACCCGUUGAGCCGUGCUGCCUCCAUCAAGCGGAUGAAUACAGUAGACCGUGGAAAUUCAGUCCAAGCGAUGCCGGUGGACGCCAGAAUUGACGACGACUCAAUGGAUUAUGACGAAAUCGACGAUAUUCCACUGCUGCCACUAUACGCGUUGUUUGAAGCGGAUGUGGAUACCAAUGUUGCUAUGGAUAAGCAAGAAGAUCUGGUGGCUAAGAACACUGAUGAGUACGAUGACUUAUUCGACAAUGGGUAUGACAAGGAUGGCGAUAUUGAUGCCAUUCUGGAGGAUACCGGUUCUGUGCACAGCGGAAGAUCCCGUCAUCUAUCAGUUGGUAGUGAUUCUGCUAGAAACAACGAUAGUCAUGUAGCUGCUACGUUCACCGCAAAAGAUUAUCGGAAGCUCACCGAAUUGCUCACCCACACCCAUCUUCCUGGAUUGUCCAGUGUUGAUCAGAUGCACUUGUUGGCUAUUGCGGACACUUUGAGUCACUUUGCCAGUGACGCUAAAGACAAGGUGGAACAAGCAAAUGCAGCAAUGAAGCCAGUUGUUCAAUCAGUUCUUGGAGACAACACCGCUGGUGGCUAUGCAACUGCAGCGGCUGGCGUUGAGACAGUCGACGAGUGUGGGUUGAGAUAUCUGAUGGCAAUGAAGCAACACGAGUACCUGCUGGUUUGUCUCCCAAUGAAACAGAGGAUGGAGUUGAAGAAGAGUGGUCUCUCAGCAGCCAAUAUCAUCUGGGCGCAACAUUCGGAGACUGAAACCGAGUUGUUGAAUGCUCUUCCAGGAAUGCACAAAACCAGUCCAACAUGGGAUGAAUUGAAGGGUCUCGGAGUGGCAUGGUGGUUGAAGAAUACUGCAAGUUUGAGAAUUUGCAUUGAGAAGAUCGCCAAAGCCGCAUUCCAACAAAACCAGGACCCAAUGGACGCCUCGUUGUUCUAUCUUGCUCUCCGCAAGAAAAAUGUGCUCACCCAUCUUUUCAAAACAGUGCGAAACCAGACGAUGGCUGAUUUCUUCAUGAAUGAUUUCAAUCAGGAGCACUGGCAGAAGGUCGCUGCUAAAAAUGCGUUCGUCUUGAUGUCGAAACAACGAUUUCAACAUGCUGCUGCAUUCUUCUUAUUGAGUGGAAGUCUGAAAGACGCCGUGCAAACACUUUGUGGAAAAUGCAAUGAUAUCCAAUUAGCAUUGGUUAUUGUGAGAAUGUAUGAGAGUGACCCAGAGGCUCAACAAGCGAUGAUCAACGAGCUACUGUGCAGAGAGGUUCUAGGAAUGACAUAUGAGGAGUUUGAGCAACAACGUGGUAGAACUGAUGAGGACACUCCUGUUAGUGUGCAUGCUUCCAAGGAACCAUUCGAGAGAUCUAUGGCAUUCUGGAUGCUUAAGGACUACACAAGAUCAGCACAUACACUUGUGCAAGAAGCACAAUCCGAUCGUCUGUUAACAAGUCUCUCUGACAUUUUCAACUUCUACUCCUACCUUCGCAAGCAUCCCCUUGUUGUCAGACAACGACUCAACAAUAUCGGAGCUCAAGUCGGCACCACCGAAAAAUUGCUGGCUCUUGGAAGACAACUGGAAAGUAUUCUGACUCCACCGGAACGUCGUCUGUUCUUCAGAACAUCAGCUGAACAUAUGGCUCGUGGAUGUCCAAUGCUUUCCCUCGAUGUGCUUACCUUGCUUCCAAAACAGAUCAGUAUUGUGCAAGACUACGAUGAAGCAUUAAGAGCAAUCUUUGGAUCCAGUGCAGACCAAGCACCUCCUCCACCGCCACCAAUAGAAGUUGAUUGGAGUAAACCUGCCAUUUCCGACGAGCCUGAUGAGUUGAAGUUGGAUUGGAGUGAUGAGGAAGGGGAGGCGACUGAAGAGGAGAAGCCAACACCAGCACCGCAGGACGCUUUGCCAGAAACCAUUCCAACUGUAAACGGAAUGAUAAACUCUACUGCUUUGCAAAGUCAACUCGUCGGAUCUACUGAUAUCUUUGCACAGCAUAUGAAGUUUGUUGCGUCGCUUCGAAUUCUUACUGAAGAGUUGUCGACGCUAGCUAGUGGAUUUGAUGUGGAUGGAGGACAGUUGAGGAAUCAACUGCUCAACUGGCUUGAACGAGAGGUGGAAGUUCUCCAAAUCAACUGCGACUACAACGUAGAGCGCAAACCAUACGACGAGAACCACGACUCUGACUACUGGAGCUCGACAGGUCCCAACUACGAUCAGCCAGCCGAAUCCUCAAAAUUGUCUCGUGCAAGUCCAUCAUCCCUGACACCGAGACGGAGAACUUGGCUCAAGGCGAAUCAGAAGCUCCUCCGAUCGUUCACCUCGUUCUGCACACUGCAUUCCGCUCAUAACCAUCGAUUGGCUUCAGUUCUCAUGGAGUUACUUCUGUUGCUGCUCAAUGUGCAACGUGACGCUGAAGAUGACAUCCUUCCGAAACAACUCCUGGCUACUGGAGUUAGCACGUUCCCAUUGUUGGAUGCAGCCAUUUCAUCUCCAAAAAUGUUUGUCUCAUCGCCAUUGGCCUAUAUCGAGAACCAAGGAUACGAUCUGUUGGCAGCUAUUAGUGAACUUCACAAUGUUCCAAAUAUGGCAGGAGAUUUGCAGAAAUGCUACAUGCUUUACAACUUGUGUCAAGGCUUCUCCUGCUGCAUCUACCUGUCCUUAACUGACAUUGACCAAAUCUACUCGUCGAUGCUAAAUUUGGAUACCCGGCCUGCCCCGAUUGGAAGAGCACACGAUAACUUCGUGGUGACGCCUCCAGUAAAGUGGCCUGGUGUAGAGGCACUCGUUGCUCUACUAGGACGUGAGAAGGAAGAUGAUGCUCCACAACUCAGAUUGCUCAUCAUCGAAUCAUUCCUUGCCAUCUCAAUGUCUCUCUUCUGUUUCGCGUUGUCCGCAUAUGACUCUCGCUGGUUGUACCGUUUGAGUGUCCAUGAGAUUGAUCCCCAUCGCUUCGGUCAGAUUUUCGGAGGAGGAGGUGAAACGAAGAAGUCGACGCAUCCACCUGCAAGGCCGCCACGACCCGCUGUUCCAGUUGUGCAAAAAGAAUCAGUAACCAGUGAUAGUAAUGGAGAUCAACUCCGCAGUCGGUUGAAUUUGAGAAUCCUCGGAAACGAGAAGUUCUCAACCGCGUCCAAAGAGAGUCUCCCAUCAGAACAGUCAUAUUCGAAAUGGGUUCCACCACAAAUGAAUAUUGUCCAGCUGUUCGCGGAGAAGCCAAAUGUCAGUCGUACUGAAGAUGACGAUGAAGUGAUGUAUGACUCUGAUGAGGAGGAGAAGGGCGCCGGUUACUCUGAUGAAGAGGAGGAAGAGGACAACUUGGGCUGUGAGAAUGCAGCACCAGCAAGUUUUGCAUGGCAGUUGUUAAGACUCGCUUUGAUUCAACAACAACUAUAUCGUGUCAAGCAGUUCUUAGUGCUGGUUGGAUUCGAUCCAAGAGACAUCCCAACAGUCGCUCCUCGCAUCGACGCAGUCCUCCAACAGCUCAGUAACUGGAUCGCUCAACAACACCAGACCCUGAAAACCUUUCCCGGUGGAAUUCCAAGUGACUUGCUUCCCGAUAUGACCAUUGACACCAGUGACCAACAUUUGGCAGCUACAAUGAAGAAGUACGCGGCUCUUGUGAAACAGAACAACACACCAUUUGAAUCAGACGACCGGAAAAUUCAAACUAUCCGCCGUCUCUGGUCGUUCUUGGUUCGAGAGGAUCAUCUUCAAGAGAUUUUCAUCAAGUACAUCUUCUCACAGCAGAGUACUAUGGAGAAUGCGCCAGAGCCAGUGGAUAUGUUUAUGGGAAUCGAUAAUAACCCGAUUCUACCCGAAGCUUUCAAGAUUGUACAGAAGGAUAGUGAGCCGAUUGUAGCGUUUGGAUGUAAUCAAGAGAGUCCGGGAUUAAUUGUGGUUUCGAAUGGAAGAGAGCUCCAGGAGAUGGAUAUGUCGAGUGUGUUCAAGGAUCAGUAUGAUCAAACGUCGUGGAUGUGGAAUCGAGCGGAGUUGGAUAUGAAAAACAUCCAUUCCAAGCGAGAUGCCCUGCGUGACAAUGAUGACUACCAAAUCUUCACCGACUCCAACUCUCAUAACGCCAAACACACCAAUGUGAUGAUCAAACGCCACAUCCCUGGAGUCCGUCGCAUCGAUUCUCAUCCACAUGCACCAUUCUAUGUUACCGGCUCAUCGGACGGAUCCAUCAAAGUUUGGAAGUGGGGAGCCAAGGAUACGGUGUACACAGCAAGAGUUGCCGGGCAGCACGCCAAAGUCUCCAAAAUCGCGUUUUCGUGUAACGGGAAUAAGUUCGCCGCUGUCGACGGAGACGGAAUGUUGUGUCUCUGGCAAGCCAGUCAGGCGACCGAACAGAAGAAACCGUUUUUCAGCCAGCGCUGCCACAACAAAUCUGCAACCGAUGUCUGCUUCCUUGGUCACUCUUCAUCUGUCCUACUGACCGCUGGCUCCUCAUCACUCGACUAUAAUCUUGGACUAUGGGAUACACUUCUCCCAACCAACCGAGCUCUAGUCCAUUCUUGGAUUGCACAUCCGGAAGGAGCAACUUGUGCGUUGUACGUGCCUAACCAACAGACUAUCUUCUCUGGCGGUCGACAUGGUGAGAUCUGCCUGUGGGACAUCCGACAACGUCAGUUGAGACAUACUAUCAAGGCGUUUGACCAAAUGCAUGUUGUCAAGACACUGGCUACAGAUUCAGCACAAGAUUUGGUAGUUUCUGGAUCUAGCGAGGGUGAUAUCAAAAUCUGGUCAGCCGAUGCAAACCCACAACUCAUGUACAGCUUGCCCGGAGAGCAUACGGCUAAGACUGGAUUCUCCUUCAGACAAGUCGGCCAAUCGUCUGUCCAAGGUGUCCAACAACUAUUCAUUGACCAAAACAUGCGUCUCUUCUCAUGCGGUGCUGAUGCUUCACUUAAAUUCCGAACAUUGCCUUCAAUCUUCAACAUGACAAACCUUUUAUAA